AACAUUAUUAACAUUCUGUUAAAGCGAUCCAUGGAUUAGAAAGACUUGUAGUUCUUAAAAGAUAAAUGUUAGUACAAGAAAUUUUAUAUUAAAACCACCCUUAAUGUUUUCGUUUUAAUAAAAUUUGUGAAAUUUUCAAUCAAAAAAUAAACUAGUAGCCCGCCACUGUUGAUGUCAAUAAUUACUUACACAAUGCUCAUGGGUGCUGAAGCCUAUAAAAUCAGUCGCACCCAAGCGCCAGCAGAGGGAGGCAAAACUCCAUAAAACGCAAUUAACAAGUGGGCAUUUCACUGUACUGUCAUUUAAAUCUGUCUGAGCAGGGCAUGUGCGUUAAUUGCGUCAAAUAUUUUAACGUGAUUAAUUUUAAAAAUUAAUUACCGCCCGUUAACGUGAUAAUUUUGACAGCCCUAAUAUAUAUAUAUACAGUAUAUAUACUUUCUUUGCUUUGCAAAGCCCCAUCUCAUAAAAAUGUGUAUUAUACAAAUGUUAGUGACACCACAACAAGCUCCCGCUAGUUUUUUCCCCAUAAAAAUGUCAUUUUGUUUACAUAUGCUUAUUUUAUGCUUUGUAAUUAUUAUUGCUCCCUUCCUCUCAUCCAUUCAUCCUCCUUUUGCGCCUGAUAAAGGGAACAGACUCCUCCUCCCCCCUCCCUCGCUUUCUACACACACACACACCUCCCUCUUUCUCACUCUUUCAUGCUGUCUCCCUCCCUGGGCUGCUGUCAGUGUCACUCUGUAGUGGAGAUGUGGAGCGUCUUUCUGUCCCUCUGUCUAUUACUCCGGCCCAAUUCAGCUGAGGAAGUGAUGCUGCUGGACACAACAGAGUCUACCUCAGAACUGGGCUGGACCACUUACCCGGACACCGGGUGGGAUGAAGUGAGCGUCCUCGACGACCGCGGGAAGCUCAUACGGACGUUCGAGGUGUGCAACGUCAAUCAGAAUACUCGGACUAAAGACAACUGGUUGGCCACGCCCUUCCUGUUCCGCCAUGCCGCACCGCGGGUCUUCGUUACCCUGCGCUUCUCAGUACGAGACUGCGCCAGCCUGCGGAACCCGUCGCCCACCUGCCGAGAGACGCUCACCUUGUACUACAAGCAGGCCGACAGCCAGCGGGAACUUGAGAGGACUUGGGCAGCUGAGCCUUCCAACGGUGAGAAGGAGAGCAGGGAAGGCUGGGUGAAGAUUGACACUAUCGCCGCAGACAAGAGUUUUUCCAAAGUGGAGCCCAGUUCACCGCAUCAGUACCAACCCAACAGAUACAGCCGCAUCAACAUCAAGACACGCAGUUUUGCCCCGCUCACACGCAACGGCUUCGUGUUGGCCAUCGUGGACAGCGGGGCCUGCGUUUCCCUCAUGGGGGUGUCGGUCUUCUACCGUCGUUGCCCGGCCACCAGCCUCUACUUGGCAUCCUAUCCGGCCACCCCCUCCGGAGCAGAAGCCACGGCUUUGGUGCCCGUGGGCGGCGCAUGCGUCCCCCACAGCAAGUCCCAAGGGUCCAGCGGGCCUCGAAUGCACUGCAAUGCUGAGGGCGAGUGGAUGGUGCCGGUCGGCGGAUGCGUCUGCGAUGAGGGCUAUGAACCGAACCUAAAUGGAUCUGCCUGCUUGGCCUGUCCAGUUGGCUACUUCAAACCAGCUUCAGGCCCCGGCCCCUGUUCAGUGUGUCCCUCCAACAGCCGAACCAGUCGCGAAGGGUCCAGCGUGUGCGAAUGUCGCAGCAGCUUUUACCGUGCGGCCGGCGACGACAAUUCCUCUGCCUGCACAACACCACCCAGUGCUCCAGAGUCUUUGUCCUGGGAAUACGAGAGCGGCGACGGUGGGGUGUCUCUAAGGUGGCGCCCUCCAGUGGACAUGGGGGGCCGCAGCGAAGUCUGGUACGGGGUGGUGUGUCGCAUCUGCCCGUCGCCCAUUAUCACCAACCCGGCAUUAUGCUCCUGGUGCGGAGAGGGUGUCACCUUCAGCCCCGUCCAGAACAACCUCAGACAAACCAGUGUGACCCUCAACAACCUGCUUACUAGAGUGACUUAUCUUAUACAGGUGCAAGCAAUGAAUGAGGUGUCCGCUCUGAGCCCUUUCCCAGCUCGCUACACAAGCAUCAAUUUUACCACGAGCCAGUCAGUUCCCAGUACAGUCCCCAUGAUGCACCAACUGAGCCGUGCGCCGGACUCCAUCACACUGUCUUGGCCCCAGCCUGACCGACCCAAUGGCGAUAUCCUGGAGUACCAGCUCAGAUACUUCGAUAAGGGUUCAGACGUGGACAGCGCGGUCAGUGUGUACAGCGAGACCAACACACUUACUGUCAAUUCCCUCCUCGCGGGGUCCAUCUACGCCUUCCAGAUCCGAGCUCGGAACGAGCGAGGAUUCGGUCCCUACAGCAACACCAUCUAUUUCACCACACUGCCUCUUGAAGAACAUUCCCAGCAGGUCCAAAGUCAGCUUCCUCUGUUGGUAGGAUCAGUGAUGGGAGGGGCGGCGUUUCUGCUAGUUGUGGUGGCUAUAAUAGUCGUGGUGGUGUUUCGCAGUAAAAGGAGGGCGAGUCCGUACAGUGACAGGCUUCAGAGGUACAUCAGUAACAGAGGCGGUGUUAAAUAUUACGUAGAUCCAUCAACUUAUGAGGACCCUAGCGAGGCAGUCAAAGAGUUUGCCCGAGAGAUUGAGUCAACCCACCUGAAGAUCGAGGAGGUGAUCGGUGCGGCCCAGUUUGGUGAGGUGUCCCGGGGCCGCUACCGCCCACCGGGGCGCCGAGAAGUGCUGGUCGCCGUCAAGACUUUGCGUUGGGGAGCGUCUGACAGAGAAAGAGGCAUGUUCCUCAGUGAGGCAGGAGUCUUGGGUCAGUUUGACCACCCCAACGUGCUCAAGUUAGAGGGUGUGAUUACCCGUGUCCCUCCAGCAAGAAUUAUCACAGAGUUCAUGGAGAACGGGCCCUUGGAUUCCUUCCUCAGGGAAAACGAGGGUCAAUUCAGCGUUCUCCAACUAGUCGGAAUGCUCCGGGGCGUCGGCGCUGGGAUGCGUUACCUGUCAGAGAGAAACUUUGUCCACAGGGACUUGGCAGCCAGGAAUGUGCUUGUCAACUCCAACCUGGUGUGCAAAGUAUCUGAUUUCGGCUUGUCCAGACUCAUGAGAGGCUUGGACCACAACAUGCCAACUUACACAGCCUCACUGGGGAGUAAGAUUCCUGUGAGGUGGACCGCACCGGAGGCAUUUCAACAUCGCAAGUUCAGCUCGGCUAGUGAUGUCUGGAGCUUCGGCAUCCUAAUGUGGGAAGUGAUGUCCUACGGAGAAAGACCCUACUGGGACAUGAGUAAUCAGGAAGUAAUGAAAGCAGUAGCGGACCAAUACCGCCUCCCCGCCCCUACUAGCUGUCCCUCAGCCCUCCACUCGCUCAUGCUUCAGUGUUGGCAAGCCGACCGAGGGGACCGGCCAGGUUUCGAGUCCAUCCUGUCCUCUAUGGACCGCCUCAUCAGGCAUCCUGUGUCCCUCAAGACAGAGAUGACCCGCUGCUCGCAACCAUUGCUAAGCCCAACCCCCACAGACUUUUCAUCAGUGGCCACAGUUAGUGACUGGCUGAGGGCGCUUAGAAUGGAGCGAUACCAAGACGAGUUCGACCGAGCGCACUUGGACACGCUGGACAGAGUUAGCCGCCUCACCGUGGAAGACAUCCAAAACCUUGGAGUGAACCUACUGGGUCACCAGAGGAAGAUUUUCAACGCCGCCCAGCAGCUCAAAGCCCAUUUGAGUCAGGGCCAGGUGGAGGUGUGACUGCCAAAAAGCUGAAGGAAACUAGCAAGGACUACCACUGACUGUUGCUGCCACAUUCCAAGACAUAUCCAGGACAAAUAUGAAAGAAGAGGUGUACUAUGGGAAAUGUUGUCCAGCUCAAAGCAGCAAAGGGAACUCGUUUCGCAUAGAUUUCAUUUUAUUGUUGUCUUUCUUUUCACUAUCCGUCCACUCCACGAACUAUGGGUUUUUGCGAAAUUUUGUCACCUUUAAAGUUUCAAAUUGUUUUAAAACCUGGCGUGAAUACUUGAGUCACAAUAUUUGUCAACUUAAAGCAACUCUAGGUAACUUUUCAACCCUUGUAAAAUAUUUUCCUAACAUUUGUGACAACUCGUUGAAUGACACCUCUUUUAUAUCUCUUGAGGGGGUCUGUAUCGAUUUCACCGGCACUAAUUAACUUUGAGGAGGGUGGCAGGAACCCUGCCACACAAAAAAAACUACAAAUGUGCUGACUGCUUUACGGCAUACAUCACUUCGCCCUUUCCCCAUUCAUUAUAAAGACGGAAGUCGAUGCGAACGCUUUUGCGCAAAUUCUGCAAAGAUGGCAGAGCAACAAAAAAGACAAAACGUUUUGUCUGAGGAGGGGAAAAAAGGGGAAGCUACUAGGAUAUGUAGAAUAAACAUUGGCCCGGCUUUCACUCGCUGGCGUGAUACACCCCAACCCCAAUCUAACUCCUCAGCGCUAACGAGUUUAGCAACGCUAAGCCACACGGUUGCUAACCGUGAUAUGCUAUUGUUUAGUCACAAUCGAAUUCAUUACCUUAUCAGUAUUCAUCUUUCACACAGGCGCUGGAAACAGAUAUGUUGUUUAAUGCAUCUGCAGGCGACCGGGAGAUGAUUUUUGAAUGAUUGAUGAUUUUACAACACUGUGCGGGUGUGCGCUGGUCCUCAUGGGAAACGCAGUCUUCCUUAAGGCAAAACACUACGGCUUUUGUCCAAUGGCGUCGCUAAAAUCGACUAAAACUGAAAAGUAACCAAGUGUUGCUUUAAAUAAAAAAUCCCAAAAUUAAAUGUUUCAUCUAAUUGAUAAAUCUAAAUAUUAUCUCAAACAUAGGUAAAAAUAUAUUAUGAUAUAAUUUUAUAUAUUUAUUAGGGCUGUCAAACGAUUAAAAUUUUUAAUCGAGUUAAUUACAGCUUAAAAAUUAAUUAAUCGUAAUUAAUCGCAAUUCAAACCAUCUAUAAAAUAUGCCAUAUUUUUCUGUAAAUUAUUGUUGGAAUGAGAAGAUAAGACACAAGACGGAUAUAUACAUUUAACAUACGUUGAAUACAUAAGUACUGUAUUUGUUUAUUAUAACAAUAAAUCAAGAAGAUGGCAUUAACAUUAUUCACAUUUUCUUAAAGCGAUCCAUUGAUAGAAAAACUUGUAGUUCUUAAAAGUUAAAUGUUAGUACAAGUUAUAGAAAUUUUAUAUUAAAACCCCUCAUAAUGUUUUCGUUUUAUUAAAAACUGUAAAAUUUUCAGUCAAAAAAUAAACUACCUCGCCCCGCCAUUGUUCAUGUCUAUAAUUACACCAUGCUCACUCCCCAAACCCAUAAAAUUAUUUGGACCCAAGCGCCAGCAGAGGGCGCCAAACAACAAAAAACAAGUAACAAGCAGACAUUACAC